AUGUGUGUGGAUACAUAUACAUAUACAUCUACAUCUACAUCUACAUAUACAUAUACAUAUACAUAUAUACAUAUAUAUAUAUAUACAUGUGCUGGGUGUCUAUGUGGACAUCUAUGGAUAGAUGUAGAUACACAUCUAUGUGCACAUAUAGCCAGGUACUUGUAUCCUCUUUUCCAGUUAUAUCCCGGACCCACAAGUACAACAGGCUGCAAUGCAACAUGCCAGGAUGAUAUUGAAGCAGUUGCUACUGCACAUGUGCUGCGACACCUGCUGGCACCGCACAUUCUGCAUGUGUUCAGCAUCUUGCCCGUGGUCCUCGACGUCUCUGACAAUGUUCGAAAGUCCACCAGCAGGCUGACGAUGAAUGGCCCCACUCAAGCCGCCUGCACCAUGCUGCUCAUGGUCUGCACGCGUGAGUGCCUUACGUCGCCUUGCAUGGUCAAGUGGCUCCUGCAGGCCAACCAUGUUGCUUCCUCCUGCUGCGUCCUGCCGAUUCUUGGAGAUGAGGAGUUCCUCGUCCCCACGUCGUCAGCGGCUUUCCAGCGGCUCGGGGAGCACCCUGACCUCCAGGAGCAUGUCAAUGUCUCCCGCUACCUCAAGGUACUGGGCGCGAUCUUCAUGCAGAUCGCGGUGCACUUCUGGCCGAAGUCGUACUCAGAGUCUGCCCUGGGCCUCAAGGCCGCGCAGGUGGCUCAAAGGCUACAAGGAGAGCAGUCGGCAACUCUGAGCUCACUUCUGGACAUGUCGUGGUUUACCUCUCAGAAGUCAGUCUUGCUGGAGACGGUCGAGGAGCUCUCGCCAGUGGCGGCGAGCAGUGACCAG